AUGCUACAACUUUCACCUUUGGCAACUCAAGUGGAGAAAGAACAACACGAUCGUCUCUCUCGUAUGGCAAAUUCUCAGAACGAAGCGCUUGCCAAUCUCAACGACUAUCUCGAGAUUCUACAAUCUGAAGUCUACGUCGACCUUGACCGUCUUCGGUUACUUGCACGGCACGGCAUUCCCAAUGAGCUCCGUGCGGAGGUUUGGAAAUAUCUGUUGGGUGUUCAACAAGCCGACCGUUCCAAGGAACUCUCCAAUAGCAAGGCUAGGAAAGAAGAUUAUGAGCAACUUGAUAAGCAAGAUCCCGAAAUAGCCAAGCGUAUACGUGGUGAAGUCGCUCGUUACCAACGCAGGGUCCCUUUAUUGGAUGGAAGGCAACACAUGGAUCGCUUUGAAAACGUUAUCCUUGCUUACCUCAGUGCAAAUCGCGAUGCUGAAUACCAUCCAGCCUUGAUCUCUCUCUGUGCUCCUUUUGUUUAUGUUUUGGACCAAGAAUGGGAUGCAUAUUACUGUUUCGAAAAGCUGAUGCAGGCAUUAGAGGAGCAUUAUACCACACACAACAUUAAGGAAAACAUGGCAAAGUUCAUGACGCUGUUUCGCCACACCCUACCUGACUUAUGCAAUUACUUUGAAGAAGAAGAGGUGGAUCUUAGUGAAUGGACAACGUCGUGGCUUCAACACUUACUUUCCAGAGAGAUGAAAUUUGAAGAUCUGGUGCAGUUAUGGGAUGCUUACUUUGCCAUCAUUGACUUUGUCGACUUUCAUCCUUUUGUUUGUCUUGCCAUCUUGCUAAAUGCUCGGGAGAACCUCGAAGAUCUGGAACAAUCGGAGAUACGGACAAUGUUGCUCCGAUUACCGUACCUGAACAUCCAGCGGCUGCUUGCCGAAGCAUACAAUUUACGACAAGAAGAUUUGCAAAGGCAGCUUUCGGAAGAUGGCGAGCUCUUGUGA